CGCGGGUCCUCGCGCUGCCUGCAGCCUGGAACCCGUUGCGCGCCAACCGACACCUCGGUCCCCAACGAGAUAAACACUGCCAGGCUCGGUCCUUCCGGCGGGCAGCUGUGUGCGCACGUGCAGUCGGGGCUAAGUGAUCGAAGCCUUCCGGGACUUGUAGUCCGAUGGUUUCCCGAGGGACGUGAGGGCGGAGGAGCAGGCAGGCGCCGAAGGAGAGAUUCUGCGCAUGUGCAGAUGUGUCAAGCCCGAGGGGUCACUGGCCCCUGCCCGGAUGGCAGCAGUAGUUCUAGGGGGAGACACCAUGGGCCCUGAGCGUAUCUUCCCCAAUCAGACUGAGGAACUGGGACCACAUCAGGGCCCUUCAGAAGGCACUGGGGAUUGGAGCAGUGAGGAGCCUGAGGAAGAGCAGGAGGAAACGGGGGCAGGCCCAGCUGGCUACUCCUACCAGCCCCUCAACCAAGAUCCUGAACAAGAAGAGGUGGAGCUGGCGCCAGUGGGGGAUGGAGAUGUAGUUGCUGACAUUCAGGAUCGGAUCCAGGCCCUGGGGCUUCAUUUGCCAGACCCACCAUUAGAGAGUGAGGAUGAAGAGGAGGGUGGAGCUACGGCAUUGAGCAACCACAGUUCUAUUCCCAUGGACCCAGAACACGUAGAGCUGGUGAAAAGGACGAUGGCUGGAGUAAGCCUGCCUGCACCAGGAGUUCCUGCCUGGGCUCGGGAGAUAUCAGACGCCCAGUGGGAAGAUGUGGUACAGAAAGCCCUCCAAGCCCGGCAGGCGUCUCCUGCCUGGAAGUGACCACACUGAGAGCUGCCUUAUCUCCCUACAUUCCAUGCCAGAACCAGCAGAGGACUGAACACAUCCCUGGUUGCAAUGUCCAUCUCCAUCCUAUCUCCCUUUCCACAUCAAGGCAAAUCAGACUUCUUCUCAGAGACCCACUUUAUUCAGUUCUGUACAUAAGGGGACAUCGGCCCAAGCCCAACCCACCUUAGCAUGUAUCAGUCUGUGGAGAAUAAAGCACCCUAUGUACACA